CGGCGAGUGACCCAGGGGCAACCGCCGACGCGCUCUGAGCGGUCCAUAUUAUUAUUUUGUUCAUGCUCAUUCCGCAUCCACGUUAGCCUGAGAGUCAUUUUAUGCAGUGCUAGCGUUGCCUGUCUGGAUUUUUGAAUUUUUCUCGACCCGACCUAGGACUUGUGAUUUGAUACUAGCACGCCUUUCGUUGAAGCCAUCUACAUCUUUUCUGUCAAGGUGCAGCUUGAAAGCUUGGGAUGGAAACACAUGAUGAAAUCGCGCCAUGAGCUCUCACUUCAAGCCCCCACGUCGUGGCCAUCAGAAGCAUCUAAAUGCCCAGCCGUGGAGCAAUUGUUCCCCCACAAGUCACCAGGAGUUGUAUUUGAAUACUCCGUACGACAGAUUUAUAUUACAAGCUUCUCUUAUUAGCUUUGGAACCCUGUCAGGCUGUGGCCUGUGAUUGAGCGACUGGGGAUAUUGAGGCUCAAGGGAUUCUGGUGUGGAGGCGGGCUUCUGCCAAAGACCGUCCUUCCUUGCUUUUUCUUUCCUAUCCAGUCUCCACAACGAUGAGAGCUGGAGAGGCGCUUGUGAUAAACGAUCCCGUGCGUCUUUCAAAGUCGGGUUAGUCGCAAACCCAUUAUUAUUUUCUUCCCAGAGUCGGUCGGGAAUUCCAAGGUUUUCACUCUCGCUUCCGGGCAGCUGUCGCCUUAUUUCUCACAUCGGCCGUUGACGGCAAUCUUUUUUCGAAACAAGCCAUCAGCAGUGGCACUCAAGGAUGCCCCUUGACAGGAGGGAACAAAGACCCUGAGUCAUGAAAAUUCAAUUUAACUAAUUGAGAUAGCUUCAUAAGCGCCGAGUUAUAUCUGUUGCUUGGGACAGGGGGGCUGUCAGCGGAAGAUUCAGACGGGAGGUCAUGACUGAGACAUUUCUUUUGCGUGAGAAAAUCUAGAGCUAGCUAGCGGGGGAUGUCGGUGAUAACUACGGAGUACGAAGUACUUCGGAGGUUUUUGCAGCCGGCAAUGAUGUUCCUACAGCUGGGAAUAUCUCUCAUCCAUAUUGUCUAGAUCUAGAGUGAGGUAGCUUUACUACGUACAACUACCUAACCUUCAAUGAAUUUCGGCAUGAAUAAUGUCCUGGCGAAUAUUACUUUUAUAUCGAAGCAGUUUUGAAAUGCCUAGUGGAUGAGAGAGACUCAAGCGUCCGCUGAUUGGGCAAAUACUCGAGCAACGGUUUAUUUGGCUGAAAUGAAACUCUCAAGAUGGCUUCUGUUGGUGGCUUUUAACUGGACGAGCCACGAACAAAUUUAAGUUACCGCCAGAGAAAGUCCGGUAUGGUAUCAAUGGGCGAGCGCUCCAGAACGGUUUCCUGGACAGCCUUGGCAUGCUAUGGCAUGGCAGCUAAGUUGGUGCGCCAAUAGGGAUAGAUAACAGAAAGGUUACUUCUGCAGCUGUGAUGUGCGAAUUCACACAGAUUUUUGUCUGGGCUGGUACCUGGAAGUGACACUUACUUCCGCCUAAAUCCACCCAAAAUCUGCCGAGCCGAGAUGUCGUGCAAUUUCGGUUAUGAAUGGGAACUAACUGCAAUUGGCCUAGUGCCAGGCACCCCCGUUUCCCCACUACGCCUAGAGUAGCCGUAGCGCGCACCUGUCAUGCGAUGACAUGACUAGGCAAGUACGAUAACCCUGCUAGCGGUAAACUCGUGGCGUAACAAUGGUAUCGGCAAUAAUACACUGUUAUCAACUGGGUUACGUUACGAUGGCUGCUGCAGCCUCUUCUGCUGACCCUUUUCUUUCGCUCCUUCUCCUCCUCUUCUUCUCCUCUUCUUCUCCUCCUCUUCUACUCCUUCUUCUCACUCCUUCACCUUCUUUUUUCCUUCCCACGCGGAUUUCCUCUCGUUUUUUCUACAUUCAGAGUCCUACUUCAGGCUCUAGUCACUCUUUUCACAGGAAAAAAAAAAACGGAUCUACUUCUGUUCCAAAAUCGUUUAAUUCUUACCCCACAAUCCAGAAGUGUAUCGUCGCGAUAUACCUUAUUCAAUAACUCUUCUCAAAACUUCUCAAACGCAAUCGCGAAUAUGAAGUUCAUCGGGGCCGUUGUCGCUGCUUUUGCGGCUCUCGCAGCUGCUGCCACUGACCCUGACUACUCACAACCCCCAUUCGGCAACCCCAUUGCUUCGCCAGGCUUGAACGAGAUUGUACCAGUUGGAGAGCCAUACACCAUCAAAUGGACACCUACCACUGACGGCGAAGUUUCGCUCAUUCUCCUGCGCGGCCCCAGCACCAACGUUAAGCCAAUCGGUGUCAUCGCUGACACUAUUCCCAACACUGGUUCUUAUGAAUGGACCCCCUCCACCGAUCUCGAGGACGACGUCACGCACUACGGCAUCCUGCUUGUCGUUGAGGGAGUCGGCUUUUACCAAUACUCUACCCAAUUCGGCAUUAAGAACGACGGCAGUCCACAGCCCACCGACCAGCCCACCGACGAGCCAUCUUAUACUCCCACUCCUACUCCCACAGACGUUGCUACUGGAUAUCCUACCACCACUACUACUCGUACAUUAGUUCCUAUCUCCACUGGCACAACUACUAUUUGCCCACCCACAAAGGCUCGUACUCCUAUCCCAUCAGGACCGGUUCCUUCCGGUUACCCAGGCGCCCCCAGCCCGACACCAAGCCAACCACCAUUUGAGGAGGGUGCUGCCGGCCGCAACGGUGCCGCCAUUGGUGGCAUCGUUGUUGCCGCUGCUAUUGCCAUCUUUGCCUUCUAAAUACUUUAUUGUGUGAACCCUGCGUUUACCUAAGUUAACGCAGGCCGUUGGAGUAAUGGGGGGGAGAAAGGGGGGGAGGGGAAACAAUCAUGAAAAGAAAAUACAAAAACAAAAACAAAAACAGGUUUCUGAAGUCUAUUUCUUAUUUUGGAAGGAGAUGGGAUGGGACAUGUUCUUUUCCUAAUACCUAUCUUCUCUUUUACAAGUCAAUCGGAUCAUGAAUAUUGCAAACAGGCUUUGAUAUGAAUAGCGAAAGCGGGAAGGAUUAUCUCUUUUUCAAUUUCUCAGCGCUUCUAUAUGGCUUUUACCUUUGACAUGUAUCAUGUACUGUAGUCACAGCAGACGCGACGGCCCCUCGCCAAUCUUUCAUUUUCAAAGCACGAUCUUGACCCUGACUAACCUGAUCGAAACCACUCCAAAUUCAAGAACGAUUUCAAAAACCGUUCCAAUCUCCUUCUCAUUCGAAUGCAUUCCUAAUCCUGUUGCAUUGCUUACGCUUGAGUAUUUUCUUUUUUAUCUUGUUUUCGGCUUUAUUUCCAGACGUUAUGAUGGUCUCCUUUUUUUCUUUCCAUUUCGGUGUGAUAAGUAUUGAUUCCAACACUCCAUACCCUGUUCAAAUUUCCAAUUUUAUCUCCAAUAUUUUAUUAAACAAGCGGCUAAUAUAUCCCAUUCAUCCUCACCUACUCAGAAAUACAUACGCGCGUCUCAAUAGGUAGAUGUAUAUAUAUACGGAGUAUAUCUAUAUCCCUAAUAGGGCUAAGAUUUUAAGUCCCAUGAAUCCAUCGAAGCUUAUUUAAUGUAAACAAAUCUUCAGUUCCCUUUGUGUAUCACGGCUAUAUCUCUUUCAAUAAAUAAUACAGAAAGCAUUAUCAAUCCCUCCCCAACGGCGAUAAUGAAUUAUUACCGAAGGUGCCCUUCCACAACAGAGAAAACCCCGUCCAUCCCACCCCACCCUCCAGUCGUUGCCUCCCCUUGGGUACAGGAGUUCCACCCUGGAAAAAAGUGUGAUUUGAUGAUUUUCAGCCUCAUCACGCUUUGCC